AUGAAAACGUUAACUUUAUAUUUAAAAAUUACUACAUUCCUUCUUUUAAUUUGGAUGUAUCAAUGUUUUUUUAACCGUCAUUCCUAUAUAUCUCUGAUUGAUAAAAAUAUAUUGCAAACAAAAAAUGAGUUAAAAUAUGAAAGAGUGUUAACAGAGGGUGACAUAUCAGGAAAAAAGCAAACAUACGCUAAGGAAUGCAUAGAAGAAAAUCCAUUAGAUAAUAAAAAAAGCAAAUGUGGAAAUCCGGUUCAAUACAAGGAUCCGUACGAUCAAUGGAAUAAUGUCAUUAUUCCAAAAUUGUGGGAGCGAUUUGAUAAAGAAACAAGUGGAAUGGACCCUAAAUUGAAAGAAAGAAAAUGGAAUGUUGAAUUUAAUAAAAUUUCAAUUACGAAAGUUAGAGAUCUAUAUUCAAUACCUCGUCGAUGUGAUAUUCCAGAUGAAGAAAAAGAAAAAAUAAUUGAUAGGAUUAUGGAAGAACUUCGCUCAGAUUUUGAGAAAUUUUUAUGCAAAUGUAAGGAAGAUCAAGGAAAAAAUGAAACAAAAAAUAAUAAAAAAAAAUUUUGGAAAUUCUUUAUUAAUUGA